AUGACUACCGCCGCACUCUGGAUUGCAGCAUCGCUGCUGUCGGCUGCCUCUGCUGUUGCCGCCACUUCCUCCCCUCCGUCCCCGGUACUGCCCGCGAGCGCGGCUCAGCACAUCAUUAACGUUGAUGUCGCCAUCGUCGGCGCCGGCGCCAGUGGUGCCUACGCCGCGAUCCGGCUCAAGGAGGAUUUUGGCAAGAGCAUCGCCGUGAUUGACAAGAGCUCGCGGCUGGGCGGCCAUGUAUCGACCUUUGACGAUCUCUCGACAGGGAAGCCGUUCGACUUUGGAGUAAAUUCCUACAACGACUACGGCCCGGCCAAGGACUUCUUCAACCGUCUGGGUAUAUCUUUCUCGCCGGCCCCGCGCGUGGCCCUGACACAGCGCUUUGUCGACUUCCAGACGGGCCGGCCAGUGGCCUACGAGCCAUCGUCGAACCAGGAUAGGAAGGCCGCCCUCCAGAAAUUCCUCACCGUCACGGAGCCGUACGAGAAGUUUUUGCUCCCCGGGUACUGGAACUUCCCUCAGCCCCGGGACAUCCCCGAGGAUCUCUUCCUACCGUUCGCCCAGUUCGUCAACAAGUACAACAUCAGCGCCUGCGCCAAUCAGGUGUUUGAGGUCACGGGCAUGGGAGUUGGGGAUUUCCAAAACAGCCUGACCAUGUACGUGCUGAGCGCUUUCAACCAGCCCAUGAUCCGCACCUUCCUUGGCAACGGCACCAUCUUCACGCCCAACUCACGUCGCAACAUUGAGGUCUACGAGAAGAUCCAGGCACGCCUGGGGAGCGACCUGCUUCUCGGCAGCACUGUCGUACAGAGUGAGCGGGCCAACAACGGCCACAGCCUCUGGGUUGAAAAUGGCACCACCGGCCGGUACACGCUCGUCAAGGCGAAGAAGCUCCUCAUCGCUAUCCAGCCCACCAAGCAGAACAUGGAACCAUUCAACCUCGACAGGACCGAAAAGGCCGUCUUCGACAAGCUCGAGCAAUCGGUCGUCCACUGCGGCAUUGUGACGCAUCCCUCGCUCCCCAUCGACGUGUCCAUUGUCAACAUUCCCGCGGCGGGCGCGCCGGCCAACUACAUGGCGCUGCCCAAGCCCAACUUCAAUGCCCGGUUUGAUUACAUGGGCGGCAACUCCACCAACUGGCGCGUGCUUAUGGUUGGAAAGAAGGACCUCAAUAAGGACAAGGCGCAGGGCAUUGCCAACAAGAACUUUGAGGAUAUGGUCAAGCGGGGCACGCUCUCGAGUGGCGGGCCGACCAAUCUCGAGAUCAAGGCGUGGUCAGAGCACGGCGCCGUGAAUAUGCACGCGUCGGCCAGGGAGAUCCGCAAUGGCUUCAUCCAGAGGCAAUACGCCCUGCAGGGCCACAAGGGCACGUGGUGGACGGGAGGCGCUUUCAGCCACCAGUUCCAAGCCGUCCUGUGGGCCUUUGACGACGUCCUCAUCACCAAGAUGUUGGCUUAG